UCUCAAGUCUGAACAUUCAACCUUCCCUUCUUUAUUUCUCUUCUCUUCUAAUUUCCAAACACAAACUAAAGCUCAUUUCAUCACUUCAUUGUUCCACAUGGACAAAGCGCUGAGGCGCCUCAACGGCAUGUCCCCCCUUCCCGAACCACCUUCCAACAAACCCACCAAGCGGACCAUGCGAGACACCAGCACUGCGCCCGCCGCCGGAGCCAUGAGGUACCGUGGCGUCAGGCGGAGGCCAUGGGGCCGUUACGCCGCCGAGAUAAGGGACCCUCAGUCCAAGGAGCGCCGUUGGCUGGGGACUUUCGACACCGCAGAGGAAGCCGCCUGCGCCUACGACUGCGCUGCCAGAGCCAUGCGUGGCCUUAAGGCCAGGACAAACUUUGUGUACCAUACUUCACCUCCUCACUCUUCUUCCAUCACCAUCACUAACAACCAUAACAACCUCCUUAACCUCCAUAACCACCUCUUCACUCAUAACCAGUUCAGCUUCCUUAAUCAUCAUAACCAACUCUUCAACGGCCAUAACCGCCACUUCGGGGGUUGUUGGUCUGACCCUUCUUCUUCUUCAACCUUCCAACAACAGCGAAACCUUCACUCCAUCGACAUGCUUCUCCAGGACUUUAUAGCCUCUUCUUCCCCCGACUAUUUAUGCGACACCAAGGGCAGUUUUGUCAAUUCACAUCCUGUAAAUGUUGCUAAUAACUACAGCGCACCUUGUUCUGACACAAGCCAUGUCGGUUGUGGCAGUGGAAGCAAGAUCGAUAAUACUACUACUACUACUACUAAUAAUAAUAAUAAUAAUAAUAAUAAUAAUAAUAAAAAAGCUGAUCAUGGUGGUGGGGAAGAAGACUCAAAGGAGCAACUGUAUGAAGGUUCAGAGUCGUCAGGCUUGUUGGAAGAAAUAGUUAAUGGUUUCUUGAAGAAAAAGCCAAAGCUCAACAAAUGCGAGAGAUCGUUAGGUACCAGUACCACUGCUACAGACGGUUCAUGCCACUCGUCACUUCUUCCCCCUCCUCUUCCUCUGGUUGUUUCCGGCGAGUCGAAGAGAAACGAUGGUUUCGGCGUGCAUUUGGAUCAGCAGGGUUUCCAUUACAUGCAGCAGAUUGGUGGUGGUUUCAAUAAUGAUUUUAGCAAUAUGGUUAUGCAGCCUAACAUGCCUCUUCAAGAGAAUGACAACCAAAUCAUGAAGAUGAUGAUGUUGAAUAAUGAUAAUAAUCAUGCAGAAGUAGAUUGCUCUAUCAUAGACAACAUUUUUCAGGAUGCAUAAUUCUGAAAUGACUAUGAUUUAUGAUGUGUUUUUGUUGUCUCAAUUUAAUUUUGUAGUUUCUGCUGCAUUGCAUUGUGCAUCAACUUGGCUAUGUGUGUUUUUUGUCUUUCACUAAUAAGAUUGUCCUUAAUCAUUAUAGUUAGGAUUUUGUUUAUCUUUUGCUGCUAUUUUAGGGUUCCAAACUCAUCAUCACUAUGUAAUCGAUCUGCUGAUGCCUCCUCAAUUUGUGAAAUCCUUGUGCGAUGUCAUUGAUAGCAAUAAACUUUCUUCUCC